AAGAGAGGAGGCGGAAUAGCACGUUAGUCAGUGGGUUAGUAGAAGUUAGUAGUUGGUUGUUCCUCCACUGCAGACAAGCAGCAAGUUGUCAGCUUUUAAUCCCUAAAAAUGAACGGCAUUGACGAGGAAACAAUGGCGCCACAGAACUUCCUUUACGGUUGUGUGCUGGAAGCUGGAAAGGAGGUGGUGUUCAAUCCUGAGGAUGACGACUUUGAGCAUCAGCUAGAUCUACGGAUGGCCUGUGUGGACCCCAGUACGAAGGAUGAACUUCACAUGGUGGAAGUCGAAGGACAAGACACGGAGGGGCAGAAAAUCAAGGCAGCACUGGUCUCACUAAAGCCCUCCACCCUUCCAAGUGUGUGUCUCGGUGGUUUCACAAUCACACCUCCAGCAGUUUUUCGUCUGAAAGCAGGUGCCGGUCCGAUCCACAUCAGUGGGCAACAUCUUGUCAUGAUGGAGGCCGAUCAGGCAUUUGAAGAAUAUGACGAAGAUGACGAAGAAGAGGAGGAGGAAGAUGUCAAAACAUCAAAGAAAAGGCCUGCCACGUCCCCGGCUCUCAAGUCUCAGAAAAAAAUGAAAAUGGAAAUGGAUGACGAUGACGAUGAGGAGGAUGAAGAUGACGAUGAUGAGGAUGAUGAUGAUGAAGAUGAUGAUGAAGACGACGACGAGGAAAGUGAGGAAGAAGAGUCUCCUGUCAAGGCAAAGCCAACACCGUCCAAACAAGCUCAGAAUGGCAAGAGUCCCAAACCCAACACUCCAGCCAAAAAGCAGGAGAAGACCCCUAAAGGUGACAAGUCCGCCAAAACUCCACCAACUCCCAAAUCAACUGCAACGAUCCCUGAGAUAAAAGCCAAGCUGCUGGAGGUGGUGAAGAAGGGAGUACAGUUACCUAAAACUCAGCCCAAGUUUGAGAACUUUAUGAAGAACGGUCACAGAAUCUCAGACGCCAAGGUCAUAACAGAGCUGUGGAAGUGGAGACAGUCGAUGAUGGAUGCCAAAUAACACUCUGUGAAUUUUAUUAACUCUUUUUAUGACUUGUUUAUACCCAUAGCACCUCUCAAACCCUCCAAAGCCAAACUCAGUGCCUCACACUUGUCAUAAAUUCUGAUCUGAUCCAGCUGCACCUGCCCUCCUGCUUUAAGAGACUAGAUGGAGCGAGUGGUGCACGCUGGUGUCCUCCCUCAUCCAUCAGCCUCUCAUUAGGGCAGAGAAAUGAUAACGGUUUGUUGAAUAAACCCCGGGAGAACCAGCACACAAAUUAGCAUCUUUGUAAAUGUGUAAAUAAAAUUCUCACAGGAUUGUUGGCACCAGAGUGUGGAGGAUAUCUUUGUGAUUUAUAGAUACAGUAAAGGUUCAUUUGGCCUCAUGCAGGAACAAUAAUCAGAUGGUUACACACUCUAAAGUUACAUUCAAGACCAACAACAACGCACAAUGAGCCAAUAGAACUUCAGCUAAUGUUGGCCAUGAUGACAUCUUUUGUCAGUUUUGGUUAAAGCAGAUGUUUUGGCUUACAACAGCAAUGAUGAUCAAUAUUUUAAUUUAGUCCAGUAAUGUGUUAGUAUUGUCCAACAUGAAUAUAAAAACCUGCACUUUGUGAAAUGUUUUGAAUGUUUCUGCUUUGUGAGAUUUUUAAGGUCGAGCUCCCAUGACGACAAACCGUCCGUGAUCAAUCAACCAUUUGGUAUUUAGCAACUGCAUUUACGUUUUAAAGUUUAGAACGCAGCACAUUUCAGCUUUGAGUGGCCUAAGUGGAGCUUGGUCCGUUGAGGUUCUUUGUAUUGUCUUGACUACUAGCCAGUAGGCCGAAGGUUAAGAACUUGCUCUGUGAAUGACUGAAUGCAUGAAGGAAUUUGCAAAAUGAGUUUUUUGUGGUUGUUGUUUUUUUUUUUUAUCAAGGAGUUCCUUAUGACUUUCCAAACAAAGAUUUACAGAUGUUCUCUGAACAGAAUUCCCACCUGCACUCUAUAGUUUAAGGCCAUGAAUUCUGUGCUCAUAUGACCAGUUAAAGUAAUUAAAAAUCUUAAGUGUUGAUGCACGAGGCUGUUAAGACGCAUCAUUCCAUGUUCUCGAGAAACACGUCUCUGUAUGUCUUAAAACACACUGUGGGUUUGAAUGGACUAUACCAAGAUUGAUUAAAUAAAAAGAAAUACUGUGGAA